UUAACAGAAAGUACAAAAUUUAUUCAACCACUUUCCCGCCAAAAAUUGGAGAAUCGCGAUUCUGGAACUUUCCGCGUCACUCCGUCGCCGACGAAAUCUGUCGCAAUGUCGAAGAAAAGGGGUCUCUCUUUGGAAGAGAAGCGGGAGAAGAUGCUUCAAAUCUUUUACGAGUCCCAAGACUUCUUCCUGCUGAAGGAGCUCGAGAAGAUGGGUCCCAGAAAGGGUGUCAUUUCUCAGUCUGUGAAAGAUGUUGUACAAAGUUUAGUGGAUGAUGACCUUGUUUCCAAAGACAAGAUAGGAACAUCUGUGUAUUUCUGGAGUCUACCUAGCUGUGCUGGUAAUCAGCUUAGAAAUGUGUACCGCAAACUUGAUUCUGAUCUUCAAAACAGUAAAAAUCGGCAUGCCCAACUUGUUGAGCAAUGUCAGGAGCUGAGGAAGGGGCGAGAGGAAUCUGAGGAAAGAGCGGAGGCCGUUGCAGAUCUGAAAGCCGUUGAGCAACAGCACAAUGAAUUGAAGGUUGAGUUGGAAAAGUAUAGAGAUAAUGAUCCGGCUGCCUUUGAAGCAAUGAGUUAA